CGAAACACCGGAGCGACGCCACCUCCAGCGAAGCAGACUGUUGGUGGCGAUAAGACAAAAAAAAAAAAAAACAACAACAACAACAAAAAACAACGACCGCAACCUUCUUCUGCAGCGCUUCUUCUCUUCUCCAAGCAUUGUUCAGACAGGCCGCGCGCAGCGCUCCGUCUGCCGGACCUUGACGCGCCAGCAUGGACCCACGGAAAGUGAAAGAGCUGAAGGGCUUCGUGCAGAUGUGCGAGUCCAACCCGGGGAUCCUGCACCUUCCGGAGAUGGGCUUCUUCCGCACCUGGCUGCAGAGCAUGGGCGCCAACAUCCCUCCUCCGGCUAAGAAGCAGGACUCCUGCCAGGGUGGCUGUCCGUGUGGGCCGUCCCCCUCCGCAGCUCCGCCUCCAGAGCCUGAGUUCCCUGUGGAUUCUGAGAGCGAGGAGAGUGAAAUAGAAAUCGACAAUGAAGGAGUGAUUGAGCCGGACGCAGAUGAUCCGCAGGACAUGGGAGAGCUCGACAACAUCGAGGUCACAGAGGAGAUGAUGGACCAAGCCAACGAGAAGAAGAUCGAAGCGAUCAACGCCCUCGGAGAAGGCGACCUUCAGAAGGCUUUGGAUCUGUUCACAGAGGCCAUCAAGCUGAGCCCUCGGGUGGCCAUUCUUUACGCCAAGCGGGCGAGCGUGUACAUCAAAAUGCAGAAACCCAACGCCGCCAUCAGAGACUGCAACAGAGCCAUCAGCAUCAACCCAGACUCUGCACAGCCGUACAAGUGGAGGGGCAAAGCUCACAGGCUGCUUGGUCACUGGGAGGAGGCAGCCAAAGACUUGGCCACAGCCUGCAAGCUGGACUACGACGAGGACGCGAGCGCGCUGCUAAAGGAAGUGCAGCCAAAGGCUAAUAAAAUCAUGGAGCACAGACGCAAAUAUGAGCGGAAGAGGGAAGAGAAGGAGAUCAAGGAGAAACAAGAGCGCAUAAAGAAAGCCCGAGAGGAGCAUGCGCGUGCACAGAGGGAAGAGGAAGCCCGGCAGUUUGGAGGAGGAUUCUUCCCAGGAGCUGCUGGCUUCCCGGGCGGAGCACCCCCUGGUGGUAUGCCCGGUCUGGGCGAGCUCUUCAAGGAUCCUGAGCUGCUCAACGCCAUGAAGGACCCUGAGGUCAUGGCCGCAUUCCAGGAUGUGGCGCAGAACCCGGCCAACAUCUCCAAGUAUCAAAACAACCCCAAAAUCAUGGCCCUGGUCACCAAGCUGAGUGCCAAGUUCGGAGCCUCCCCACAGCCGUAGAGGGCGGCCGGCGGGAACGAGACCAAAAGGUGAAGCGAUCCAGAGAGCGCAGCUUGUCAACAAUUAUUCACUGUGUUUAGUUCAAAGUGAGGAGCUGAUUA